AUGGCAUCCGAAAUUCGUUACAAAUUGCGGAUUUUGGCCGAAAAAUUAUCUAAAAAAAGUAUUUCGAGCUUGGAAAAUGAUUUGAUUCGUAGAAUUGAACGUGAAAAUGAAUCGAAUAGCGCUACAAAUUUUCCUUCAACUUCUUUAAGCAAAACUAAUUUGUUUCCUAUCGAAACACCUUCAAUUGAAUCUAAUAACUGUUUUGAGACUGAAAUCACUAUUAAAGCCUCACCUGUUCAAAAUCAUAUAGGUGGCCAAAAUGCACCAGCGGCUAUCGGAGAUAGUUCUCCACCUCACUGCUCAUCAUCACAAGCUCAAAUAAAACCUGUCUUACCUUGUUUCUCUAACACCGAUAUUUAUUCUAAUCGUGAUUCGUUAUUCCUGAAUGGUGAUAUCAUCGAAGUAAAUGGUGAUAAGGUAAAAGUAAUUGAUUUGCUUGGUAGAGGUGGCUCAAGUGAGGUAUAUGAAGUAAUCAGCGAAAAAAAGAAAAAAUGUCUUGCCGUCAAAAUUGUCUUUUUAUCAAAAGCUGACGAUGAGAUGCGAUCUGCAUAUAUGAAUGAAAUAAAAAUCCUCACGGAUCUGCAGAAUUCAGGAUGUGUUGUUCACUUAUAUGAUUAUGAGCUCAAAGGAGAUAAUCUAUUUAUGGUGAUGGAAAAAGGUGAUGUAGAUUUGGCAAAAGUUCUUAAAGAUAGACGGGCGCAAAUAGACGAUCCAUUUGUACGCUUCUACUGGAGUGAAAUGCUGAAAUGCGUGGCAGCUAUGCAUGGAAAAGGGAUUGUACAUUUAGAUUUGAAGCCCGCUAAUUUUCUCCUUGUUGGAGGCAAUUUAAAGCUUAUCGAUUUUGGCAUUGCUUCUUCGAUACCAUCGAAUAAAACUUCAGUAAUGAGAGAAUCUCAAAUGGGAACUCCUUCAUACAUGGCUCCAGAAGCAAUUUUUUCUGAUGGAAGUAAUGGUGGUUUUAAGAUACAAAAAAAAUCUGAUGUUUGGUCACUUGGAUGUAUUCUUUAUUAUAUGGUUUAUGGACGUACGCCAUACCAAAAAUGGGCGAAUCCUUUGCAGAAAAUGGCUGCCAUUGUUAGGGAACCUGUCGAAUUCGAAGACAUUCCUGACAAGGAGCUCCUCGAUGUGCUUCGACGAUGCUUAAACAAAGAUCCUUCUUUGCGAUGGUCGGUCGAAGAACUGCAAAAGCAUCCAUAUCUGACUAGUAAGUCUUCAUUAAUAUGGAUAGCUAUCAAGGUAAGUCGUUUUCGAGCUGUUUGA